AUGUCAUCCAACAAUUGUGUAGAAUUAGUUUCACAUAAAUUACAUAGUAUUGAAGAAAUCGUUAACAAUUUCUAUGAAAAUCUUCCCAAGAAGAAGACGGAUUUGUCAAAUUUGAAUUGGGAACAACUAGAAUCGUUGGUGAAUGACACGGUUCAAGCCAUCAACAAUAAAAAUUCACCAUCUGCCCAUUCCGAUAAUCAUGUAAACAAUACAAACCCUGUUCUUAGUAAUGUUCCCUGCGAAUUAGGACAUAAUUUAUCGAAUAAUACUUUAGAAGAAUUAAUUAAUUCUACAACACCAAAUUAUAAUAAUGACAACAAUAACAAUUUCGAUGAUAGUAAAUGA